CAUUUCUCAACUCUCUCUUUCUUUCUCUCUCAACAUAACCAACUUCUCCUUCUCUUCCUCUUCUUCGUCUUCUUCAAAAAACCAAUCCAUUCAACAUUCUAUUCUAAUCAAAACCUAACUUGGUGCAGUCGUCUUUAUGGAACCGUCUUUCUCCGAUAAUCAGUCCGAUUGCGACACCUGCUCCGUCGAACCUAAUCCUAAGAGACGGAGAUUAAACAACCACUACGAACAACAAUCGCUCACGACACGCCAUCAUCAUGAUAGUCGAAACCAAAACGCAUCGCUUCGACCUACCAAGCGAUGGAGAACCGACACAGAGCAACAGAUCUACUCCUCAAAGCUUCUCCAAGCUAUCCGCCACGUUCGUCGCACUAACAUCGGACGAAGCCGAGAAAUCCGCGAAACUGCUGACCGAGUCUUGGCCGUCUCUGCCAAGGGAACGACGCGGUGGAGUCGAGCGAUUCUGGCCACUCCGCUCUGUUUAAGACUUACAAAACGACAUGUUAAAGUCAAAACCAGCUACAGAAGGUUGAAACGGAAGGCGGAGUUGAAGAAGCAAAAGAGCAGAAACAGCAAGUUACCGGCUGUUGAGAAAAAAUUGCGUGUUCUUAGCCAGUUGAUUCCCGGUUGCCGUAAGAUAUCGUGCUUGAAUAUCCUAGAAGAAGCGACUGAUUAUAUAGCGGCUCUGGAGAUGCAGGUCCGAGCUAUGACGGCUCUGACCGAGAUUCUGGCCGGCGCUCCACCAGUCGAGAAUCGGCUCGACUCAGAGUUGAGCUCGUAAAAAAAAAAUUGCCAUGGCUUGCUUUGCCAGGUGUCAUUAGUUCCUUUAUUUAUUUUUUCUCAACUUUGUUUUUUUUUUUUAUGAGAUAUUUAAAAUUCCUGUAUUUUAUUGUAUACAUGACUUUUUCUUCUUU